AUGACGGCAGCCAUACCGCUUGUGCAGUACCUCUUUCGCCGUCUGAAAGAACUUCGUUGCCACAGCUUACACGGUGUACCCGGUGACUUCUUCCUUCGGGCACUGGAUCAUGUCGAUGCAACUGGCCUCCGCUGGGUUGGGAACGCAAACGAAAUUUGCGCUGGGUACGCGACAGACGGCUAUGCCAGGGCUGGAUACCAUGCAGUAGCCCGGAGGACCGUCGCUGCUCCUCGAGUGGGCGCCCUCUUCACCACAUAUGGCGUUGGUGAACUCAGCGCGAGCAACGCCGUUGCGGGGUCCUAUGCUGAGAGCAUACCACUAGUUCAUCUUGUCGGCACGCCGUGCCAGAGCGCGAUGCGACCCAUUCAUCACACGCUGGCAGAUGGGAGAAUGGGAGUGUAUGCGGAGAUGGCGAAGCAGAUUACGUGCAUGCAGACUAACUUCCAUGAGUCUGGGGAUCAUCUCGAGGCCCUGCAGGCUUACGAUGAGAUGCUUGAGACGUGCGUGCUGCGGUCGAAGCCGGUGUACGCCAGCAUACCGUCGGAUUUGAUGGAAGUGCCGGUGCCAGCGAGCAUGCUAGAGAAGCCACUGCGCGUUCAGCCUAGUCCGAAUGAAGAAGCGGAAGAGAACGCCGUUGUCGACGAUGUAGUUGAGCUACUGAGCGCCGCGGAGAGGCCACUCCUCAUCGCGGAUGGGCUGUGCUAUCCUUUCGACUUCCUCCCCCAAGCCAACGCGCUGGCGCAGCUCUUGCCUACGCGCCGCUUCCUUUCUGUUAAAGGCGUACUCGAUGAGUCCAAUCUCACAGCGAGCUGGCGCGCCUGA